AUGUCUAUCCCACCACCACAGGCGAUUCUCCAAGCCCUGAAACUCGACCCCAGUCGAACCAAAUGCACCCUCGACACAUCCGGUCUCGGUUCAGGUUUCACCAAUACCAGCGUUCUUCACGCGAAUACCACAACCCCAGACGGCACCAGCCAAGAGCGAAAAUACUUUAUUAAAAUCUCUCAAGAUGGCGCCGCCUCCAAAGAAAUGUUUCAAGGCGAAUACGAGUCCCUCAACGCAAUUGCCAACGCAGUACCCGGCUUCUGUCCACGCGCAUUAGCCUGGGGCCCACUAGGCGAGAAUGACGCCUAUUUCCUUGCCACCGAGUUCUUGGAACUCAGGGGACGAAUGGCCAGGAAUUCGGUGGAUGAGACGAGUCAUUCGAGCCUGGCAUACAGACUGGGAAGACUCCAUCAAACACCAGCGCCAGCUGACCCGGAGACUGGUCGGCGUCGCUACGGAUUCCCCGUUCCGACGUACUGCGGCGAUUCGAGACAGCAGAAUACCUUGACAGAUCGCUGGGCGGACUUCUACGCCAACGAGCGACUGCGGGCGGUCAGUGCGUUGUCAGAGGAACAGAACGGUCCAGACGAGGAGCUGAGAAAUCUCGUUGAGCGGACAGCACAGCAGGUGGUACCGCGCUUAUUGGGGGAUGAUCACUUGGGAUACGACUCUCAGGGAAGAGGGGAGGGGAUUCAGCCCGUGGUUGUGCAUGGGGAUUUGUGGAGUGGCAAUACCGAUUUUGGCAGGAUUGUCGGAACUGACAUGGGAGAUUCGGAGAUGGGGGACCUUGUGUAUGAUGCUUCGGCAUCUUAUGCGCAUAGCGAGUUCGAUUUGGGGAUCAUGCAUAUGUUUGGUGGAUUUGGGGCCGAUUUCUUCGAACGGUACCAUCGUGUCGUGCCGAAGACGGAGCCUGUGGAAGAGUAUGAUGAUCGGGUGCGAUUGUAUGAGUUGUAUCACCAUCUGAAUCACCAGGCUAUCUUUGGCGGUGGUUAUCGAUCUGGGGCCAUGUCGAUCAUGAACAAGCUGAUACGCAAGUACGGCGAGGUGCACUAG